AUGCGAGCUACGCAGUACAAAAAGAAGCAGCAAGCAGCAGGCAUGCAGCAGAUAGCUGAGGAUACACCUGAACAGCAACACCAGAAAGAAGAGAAAGAAACAAAUGAUGCUGCAGCAGCAGCAUCAUCAUCAUCAGCAGCAGCAGCAGCAGCAGACAAACCAGAAGCAGCAGCAGGUACUGCUCCAGCAGCAGAAGACCCAAAGACAGAGGAACCACCACCACCACCACCACCACCACCAGCAGAAGAAGCAGCAGCAGCAGCAGCAGCAGCAGAUGAUGAUGCGUUCCCGCUGCCGCCUUUUGUUUCUCUGGAUCCCCCUGAUGAGAGUUUAUAUAGUGCAUUUAUGGCGGAGUUUGUUGAUGAUAAAGCAGAACUACAAGACCUCACCCGCCUCUCUUCUCUCUCUAUACACGAUGCAAAACUCAUAAACCAACAGCAGCAGCAGCAGCAGCAGCAGCAGCAGCAGCAGCAGCACCAAAACCAGCAGCAGCAGGAGCAGCAGGAGCAGCAGCCGCACCAAAACCAGCAGCAGCAGCAGGAGCAGCAGCAGCAGCAGGAGCAGCAGCAGCAGCAGCAGCAGCAAGAAGAGGAAGAAGAAUACAGCCGACGAAAUAUAUGGAUAGAGAUGCUGCCGGGAGAAGAAGAUGAUUGGAUUGCUAAACUUAUACAUUAA